AUGUCGGACAACCUCGCCAACGCCUCCCUACCGCUGCCUCUCGUCCUCCUCCUGGACGUAGCGUCGCAGCUCGCGUCGGCCGUCGCCUUGGUGCUUAUCUGCAUCAUGGCCAUCAACGCACCGAUCAUUGCCGUCUUAUGUUUUGUCGGCCUCUCGAUUGCCAGUGCGCUCUGCGACCCCGAGACGACCUCUUUGGCGGUUGCGGCGCUCGAGCGCCUCUUGCAUACCCAAGCGCCGCUACUGCAACUGCUCUGA